GCCUGCGCUGUCGCUUGCUUUGGCAUUGACUGAGGCGGCGGCGGAGGCGGCGGCGCGCGGGCGCUCGCCAUGGAGUCCUACGAUGUGAUCGCGAACCAGCCGGUGGUGAUUGAUAACGGCUCUGGCAUGAUUAAAGCUGGCUUUGCAGGUGAUCAGAUACCCAAGUACUGCUUUCCAAACUACGUUGGCAGACCAAAGCAUGUUCGGGUUAUGGCUGGAGCUUUGGAAGGUGACAUUUUCAUUGGACCAAAAGCAGAGGAGCACAGAGGCCUUCUUUCCAUCCGCUACCCUAUGGAGCACGGCAUAGUGAAGGACUGGAAUGACAUGGAACGCAUUUGGCAAUACGUGUACUCAAAAGACCAGCUCCAGACCUUCUCUGAAGAGCAUCCCGUACUCCUGACGGAGGCUCCCCUGAACCCACGCAAGAACCGUGAAAGAGCAGCUGAAGUUUUCUUUGAAACCUUUAAUGUGCCAGCCCUCUUCAUCUCCAUGCAAGCUGUGCUUAGCCUUUAUGCGACAGGGCGAACUACGGGAGUGGUGUUGGACUCUGGGGAUGGGGUCACCCACGCGGUUCCUAUUUACGAAGGCUUUGCCAUGCCCCAUUCCAUUAUGCGGAUUGACAUAGCCGGCCGUGAUGUCUCUCGUUUCCUUCGUCUUUAUCUCCGGAAGGAAGGCUACGACUUCCACACGUCAUCUGAAUUUGAAAUCGUCAAAACCAUCAAAGAGCGGGCCUGUUACCUGUCAAUAAACCCGCAGAAGGAUGAGACAUUAGAAACUGAGAAAGCUCAGUACUACCUUCCAGAUGGAAGCACCAUUGAGAUUGGCCCCGCCCGAUUCCGAGCCCCUGAGUUGUUGUUCCGGCCAGAUCUGAUUGGGGAGGAGUGCGAGGGGCUGCACGAAGUCCUGGUUUUUGCCAUUCAGAAGUCUGAUAUGGACUUGAGGCGGACACUCUUCUCCAACAUUGUUCUCUCUGGAGGCUCAACACUCUUCAAAGGUUUUGGUGAUAGGCUUCUGAGUGAAGUGAAGAAACUGGCCCCCAAGGAUGUCAAAAUCAGGAUAUCUGCUCCUCAAGAGAGAUUAUAUUCCACAUGGAUUGGAGGCUCCAUCUUGGCUUCACUGGACACAUUUAAGAAAAUGUGGGUUUCGAAGAAAGAAUAUGAGGAAGAUAGUUCCCGGGCAAUCCAUCGAAAAACCUUCUAGCCUGGUAGCAUUCUGGGGUCUCCUUGGAGCGUCGUUCCUGUUCUCGGCUCGCUUUCCUGAGUCAGUGUCUGAGGAGCUCCCCGCUGGUGUGUAUGUGUAUGGGUAGAUGAGUGCCAGCAUGCCCUGGACUUUCCCUAGGGGAGGGAAGGCUGGGGUUUUGGCUUGACUUUUGAUUGGUUUUGCAGGUGGCAAGUGAGAAAUUGGAAUGAACCUGUGGGCAAGCUCUGUUCCUUUUUCAGCUGGCCCAUAGACUUUUGUUUUGGGGGUGGGGAGGGGAGUACAUUUGUGUCACAGAAGAUGGCAAGUAUGGCUGUGGAACUGAGCAACUUAGCAGGAUGAAAAUGAGAGUGCGGCAAAGCAGCCAGUGCAUAGGGCUCCCAAUGACUGGUGGAAGAACAUGGGCCACGUUGAAGGUCCAUCAUGGAACUCUGAGCACAGCAACUGACUACGAUCCAGUUCCUCUCAGUUGCUCAGCAGUGGUUUUUUUAGAUGGCCAAUUCAUCGCCUCCCCCCUGUACUUUUAGAAUUCUCCUGCACACAAAAGAUAAGCACAUUCCAAGCUGUUACAAACCCAUUUACGGCUGUGUGUGUGUGUGUGUGUGUGUGUGUGUGUGAGAGAGAGAGAGAGAGAGAGAGAGAGAGAGAGAGAGAGAGAGAGAAUCUGUAGUAUGGUGUGUGAGAAUCUGGACCACAACAGGAUGGUUGGAGCAGUUAAUUUUAGGAACUAGUUUGUAAUGCAUGGUGUAGAACAGAAACACCCUUCCCUUUUUAUUCUAGACAGUCCUUGCAUUGGCAUCUGGAGAUGAGACAGUCGUCUGUCAUGCAGCCAAGUGCCCAGGGCCACUCUGCAAUGUGGCCUCAUUCUCUUUUCCUUCUGCCAAGCCCCUCCCCUGCCUCAUGUGUGUUCUCACGGUUUACAGUGUUCAUUCUUUCCGAAAGGCCGAGGCUUUAUGCCCACGUCACAGUCCCCGCACAAAGGGGCUAUUCAGCCACGCUUGCUGGGAAGCCCCGUAAUUGCUCUUCGAAUUUAUUUAUUGAAAGCUUUUGGUGGUAACUGAUCUACUAACUGGGCCCAAAGUUAGUUUCCCCCAUUUUUAUCUGUCCUGCUAUCUACUACACGUCCUGUUUUAACAUGUGCACCGGCACUGGGAAUACCAUACUUGCUUAGUAGUGUUGGGUCAGUCCUGCAACUAUCCCCACUCCUUAGAGUACCCUGUUAAUUUUGGAGUGGCUGUUUCCAUGAAUGCACCGCAGGAUGAAACAACAAACUCUGUUAAAACACUAGGAGUUGAGUAAGGCCUCCAGAGGGAGGCUGUCAUCCCAGAGUUAAUUGUUAAGUCCUUUGACUGCUUCGGUACUGCUACAGAAAUGGAAUGGAAAAAUAAUCUUGCUUUGAAUCAUUUUUUUAAUUCUUUUUUUAAAUAUACACAUUUGGUGCUUCUUAUUGUAAAGGGUUAUUUUUGUUGUUGUUUUAAUGCUGCUGCUGAAAACCAAAUAUUUUACAUUCUUGGCCAAUUAAGUGUUAGAAGAUGAGACAGCAGGAAACAAGCAUUUUGUCUCUCUGUGGGCAACUGUUGGAAGAGAAAUCUCAAUAGGAAGCGAGAGUGCAGGGACUCAAGAAAUCCAAGGUGGAGGCAAAGUAUUGUCCUGUUUGUUACCACUGAUUGAUUUUGAAUGUGGACCCCUUGUGCUUUGGCUGCAAACUUCAAUUUUGCCCUUCAACUCAUCAGCUUUCUCAGAAAAUAUCAUGAGGAUUAGAAUAGGCCAUUUAGUUUGUUAAGAGCAGCCUGAGACCCUUCAGUGCUCAAAGCUGCAGUUGUUGUCUGGCCUCAGGGAUGGGGACACCUCAUAACCUCUCCUACACAAUAGAUAGGUGUUAAAAUACAGUGAAAAUUUUGUGUAAUAUGCAACACACACACCAGUGUUAAGAAAACUUGCAAAUAAAAAUGUGAGGUGAUAACUGUGACAGUAUAAGCUUUCCUUGUCCUUCAGUCCCUUCCUAAUUGUAAAAGCAGGUGUGCCCUUAGGAAGAGUAGCUGCAUUGGAAGUUUUAGGCUUCUCUAUUAGAAUAACAGGCUUACACUUGGAAAGAAAGUAAAUGUAUAUCUGAGCUAAGCAAGAAUUGAUCCACAACCAUCUUUCCUCCAUUCUUUCCAGGACACCCCUUUUUUUUUGCACCAGUGCUUUCCCUGGGAAAACGUGCUCUUUAGCAACCUGAGUUAACGUUUGCGCCGAUUGAGCACUAAAGAGCAGGUUUCUGCAGGAAAAGCUACAGGGC